CGCGCCAUCCGUUUCAGCGCCAAAGUGCAAUGUCCGAGGCGCUCACGCACGUCGAGUGGGUCAACGGCCCGCUCGGCGUCUUUGUCAUCUCCAACCGCGCGGGCUUGGCCGUCGUCUCGAAGCUCACGACGCCGCUACCCGCGCACUUUACCACUCCAGUCGCCGUCGGCGACGUCCUGAUUGCCAUCGAUGACACGCCCGUCACGCCCGCGUUUGCGACCACGUUGCAGAUGCUGCGGACCAAGGCCUCGGGCACGCCCCUGCGCUUGACGUUCCAGAGCCGGCGACACGACAUUCCGCAAUGCGACGUCCUCUGCAACGACGGCCACGAGCUGCUUUGGGUCGAAGAUGCGCCGCUUGGCCUCUCGUUUGUCAUGGACCCGUGCUCGCUCCUCACGGUCGUCUCCAAGUCGGUCCACGAGGCGUCGCCCGACGUCGGCGACAUUCUCGUUGCAAUCGGCGACGUCGACACGUCGGUCAUGCGGUUUGAACACGUCAUGGCGACGCUGAGCAAAGUGGCACGGCCUGUCACGCUGCGCUUUGUGAGCAGUCUUAUGCCGGCGGCCGUCGCGCCGCUGUCCGAGGACGAGGCUGCGUCUACGACGUCAUCGAUAACGUCAUCGACCAGCAAGCUACCAGGGCUUCGACGCGGCCCUAGUCACGUUGCGUACUUUACCGGUGGUCGCCUCGGGCUGGCGUUUAAAAUCAAGGCGUUCCCGACCGUGAGCCAGCUCCUCGAUACGACGCUGCAUGACGGACUUGACAACGUGCUCGUUGGCGACCAGCUGGUGAGCAUUAACGGCGAGAGCACGCAGCGCUGGUCCAUGGAACACGUGAUUGACCGCAUCCAGAGCCACGACAAUGCGACGACGGCGCCGCUGGAGCUUUUGUUUGUGACGCCCCCCGCCGCGCCCCCGGCACCACCCCGUCAACUUCCGAGCAACUGCUACGAGGUCGUGUACCAUGGCGGGAAGCUUGGUGUGGUGCUCGUGGGCCGAAAAGGCGCAACAGAGAUUGAAGACGUGACUGAUCCGACGUCGGCGCCCGGCUUGGAGAAGGCGUUGGCCGGCGACCGCCUCGUCGCCAUUGAUGGUCAGCGCACGAACGACAUGGCCUUUGACAAGACCAUUGAGCGCGUCAAGCAAGCAGCGGCCAAGCCCGGAGGCGUCCGGCUGCUCUUCUUUCGACCCGAAAAAGCGUUCGGCGAGGACGUCCCGUUUGGUCUCUUUUUGCUCACGGCCAUUGAAGCGCUGCUGAUUUAGAUCCUAACUUGGUGUAGUACAUUCUUCGGUCUCUG